AUGAAAAGUCUUCUUUUGACGCUUGUUGUGAUUGAGGUCUUCUGCAUUGUACACCUUGUUCAACCACAGAAUCAAGACGGAUUCAUCAGUUUGGAUUGUGGCCUAUCCGUUGAUGAAUCUCCUUAUAUUGAUCCUGAUAGUGGAUUAGUAUUCACAUCAGAUUCCACCCUCAUCCAGACGGGAAAGAGUGGCAGAGUCGAUAAAGCUUUCGACAAAGAACACAUAAAACCAUAUUUGGUUAUGAGAUACUUUCCAGAAGGAUUACGAAAUUGCUACACUCUGAAUGUCACGCGUGACACAACUUAUUUCAUUGGAGCCAUGUUCUUAUAUGGAAACUAUGAUGGUCUUAAUACUUACCCAAACUUCGAUCUCUAUCUUGGUCCUAAUAAGUGGGAGUCAAUAGAUUUGGAUAGGGAAACAAACGUUACAGGAGUUGAUAUGAUCCACACUCCACGAUCAAGUUCUUUAGAAAUCUGUCUUGUCAAGACAGGAGAAACAUUGCCAAUUAUAUCAUCCAUAGAAAUACGACCAUUUCGAAAUGAUGUGUAUGGUCCUGGUCCUGGUUUUGGUUCGCUGAGCAGCAAUUUCCGGAUGUUUUUUAACGAUUCAUAUCGCGAUAUAAGGUAUCCUCAUGAUAUACAUGAUCGUAUUUGGGCUCCAUACUUCCCAGAGUACGACUGGCGUAUCAUAAACACAAAUCUCAGUAUAAGUAAUACCGGAGUCUAUGACACCCCAAAACUUGCACUGGGAACAGCGGCAACCCCUUCGAACAAAAGUUUACCCCUAGAGAUCUCUUGGUACACGACACCCCCUACGGUUGCCGUUUACCUGUACCUUCACUUUGCCGAGAUACAAGCCUUACGAGCCAACGAAACCAGGGAAUUCGACAUUUUCUUCAACGGAUCCUCUAAUAUUUCAGCUUUUAGUCCUCCCAAGUUAGAGCAACAUACUCUAACGCUUCCACCGGUACUAUGCCCUGGAGGGAUCUGCACAUUGCGGCUAGUAAGAACUAAGAAAUCAACUCUUCCACCUCUGAUCAACGCCAUGGAGGGUUUCAACAUCAUUGAGUUUCCAUCUACGGAAACAAACCCAAGUGACGGUAUAUAUCUCACCCAAAGUUUUAUCUUUUGA